UUGCACAUAUAUGACUUCCGGGGACCACGUGACUUCCUUUCCGGUCUAACCUGACAACAUGGACGCCAGCCGCGUGCAGCCGAUCAAGCUCGCAAGAGUCACUAAGGUGCUCGGAAGAACUGGUUCCCAGGGACAAUGUACACAGGUCCGUGUUGAGUUCAUGGACGACAGCAACCGCUCCAUCAUCAGGAACGUGAAGGGCCCAGUCAGAGAAGGAGAUGUGCUGACACUUCUGGAGUCUGAAAGAGAAGCCAGGAGGCUGCGAUAGUGCCCACUGAAGCUGUGAGGUGCCAAUCCAUUGCUGUGGAGCAGAAGACACCAUCAGUUUCACUUACUGUGGCCUGCAUCUCACUUGUUCAGAUGUUUUGAAAUAAAGUUGGUAAUUAAGAUGA